UCGAAAGAAUUUAAAACGAAAGUAGGUUUACAGGAGAUUCGGACAUCACAAAGCAGGUCACUUUUUGGGUUAGCACCUAGUUUUGUGAGCAUCGCCAAAAGUUCUUUGUCAUCGACAGACAGGGGCACUCCAGACACAGUCACUUUAAGAACUAUCUGCGGGUGAUAUUGACCCAGUGACAUAGGGAUUUUGCUCGUAUACAUUGAAGUUUUAAUUGUUGAUAUCAACCCCUUGAGUUAAUAGAGUUUGUUUACUUUCAUCAUUGGUCAGGUAUAUACGCCAAAGAUCACGGUCAAGCUGGAUGCAACGUACCGUGUCCCCGACUGAGUGAAUGACACUUUGCAUAAGUUCAAAGUCUGAAAUUCGAUUGUUUCUGUUCAUUUGGAUUUCGCUAUUUUUUAAAUAAACUGGCUAAGAUAAGGUUUCCAUAUUGCAGAAAGACUUUUACCAAGAGAGAAAGUCACGUGACUGGUCUAAGUGAAUGAAUAAUGGAUGUUAAACUCAACGUUAACGAUAAAAUCCAGCUAUCUAACUGGAUAGGUCGGGACUGCCAGUUCGAACUUCUGUAUAAACUCAGUAGGGACGGAGGGACGCCUGAGAAGUUCCACGAGUUGUGUGACGGUAAGGGCCCCACAGUAACCGUCUUGUACAACACAGACAACAACGUGUACGGGGGAUACACGUCACUGAGCUGGAGGAGUGAAGGAAGCUGGUGUAAAGACGAACUGUCAUUUCUGUUUAAGCUUUAUACCAAUAACAGAUGGGAACCUACGAAAUUUCCAGCAUCAAAGAUAAAGACAAACACGAACGUUUACUUUAAUAGUAGUUACGGCCCAUGGUUUAGUGAUUUGAGAUGUUUUGAUAAAUAUGUUGGCAAAACUUCCGGCUAUUACUCACUAUAUAAACAUGCUCUGUUCUGUGGAAGUGAUUAUGACAUGGGAGGAAAGAACGUCCAGUCUGUAGCGAACGGACACAACAACGUCACAGAUCUAGAGGUGUAUCUGGUUAAAGAUGGUCCUCUAGAACUUGACAUAGCAUGGAGAGAUCACCCUGACUGGACUAUAAAGACUUCCCAAAAAUUUAAAGAAUACAUAACCAACUACGAGCCAUUUGAGGAGUCAGGAGUUCCUGAAGCCAAUGUACUUCUGAUAGGACAAGUUGGUGCCGGGAAAUCCAGCUUUAUCAACACAAUCAACUCCAUUUUUAAAGGGGAUAUAUCGUCCAGGGCAUGUACCGGAAGUGCAGAAAAGAGUUUGACUAAAAGCUUUGAAAAAUUCCGAGUCCGUGAUCCAGCAACGAAGAGAUUCCUAAAACUACGGAUAUGUGACACACGAGGGGUAGAGGAGGGCUUCUCCAUCAAAAGUGAAGAUCUUGGAUUUAUCCUGGACGGGAACCUGCCCAAUCAUUACACUUUUAAUCCUGUGGAGAAAGCUUCAUUAAAAGUUCCCGGAUUUAUUAAGGAACCGUCACUGAAGGACAGAAUGCAUGUUGUUGUUUUUGUUAUUGAUGGGAGCACUCUGGAUGUUUUACCUGAAGGAAUCUUGAAAAAAAUCAAAAAGAUAAAAUCAUUUGUGGUUGACAGAGGCAUUCCUCAGUUAGUUUUCCUGACCAAAAUGGAUAAAGUCUGCUCACAAGUCGAGAGAGACAUUGACAAUAUGUUCCUCAGUGAAAUAGUGGCAAACACUGUAAACAAAGCGGCUGAGGUCAUUGGUAUCCCGAGAGCCCACGUUCUUCCGGUGAAGAAUUACGAAAAAGAAGGUGAACUCCGCACCAAUGUGGACAUCCUAGCUUUAAGUGCUUUACGUCGUGCGCUCAUGUUCGCCGAUGACUUUCUAGAAAACCAGUACGAUCUCGAGCAAGAAAAUGCACACGCUGUGAAUGCGAAAGAAUAGAUCGACGACGCUUGGUAUCUGCAUUUAGCCAAAAUUCAUUGGAGAUGAAAUUGUUUAUAUUGGUUGUCAUCAGCAUAUCUGAUGUCAUUGCGACAGUGUAUCUUAAUAUGUGUUGUUUAAUAAUCAUUUUAUUAUCAUCAUUAUUAUAUUUUUAGCUUUUUGCCUUUACUUGUAUGACUUAUAAGAAGACAGUGAACUCCACUUCUACUAAACAUUGCAUACGUUACCAUACAUAUUCAACAUAUGUAAUUGUACUUUGUAAUUUUUUCAAUGAAUUAUCACAUUUAAAGAAAAGACAAAUGAGCUUUCA